CUCACCCCGGAAGCAGAGGAUGGAGUGAGACAGUCGAGAGGAGUAAUAGAGAAUAUUAUUAAGCAAAAUAAAGUUGUUUACGGCAUUAACACGGGGUUUGGGAAGUUUGCGAAUACAGUCGUACCACAAGACCAACUCAAGGAGCUGCAGGAAAAUCUCAUCCGUUCUCAUGCAGCAGGUGUGGGCAGCCCUCUGAGCCCUGAGCGGACCCGCAUGCUGCUGGCUCUGAGGAUCAAUGUUCUGGCCAAAGGCUACAGCGGCGUCUCCCUGGAUACUCUCCACAGGAUGGUCGAGGCCUUCAACGUGUCCUGCCUCUCCUACGUCCCUGAGAAGGGGACGGUUGGUGCCAGUGGAGACCUUGCACCCCUGUCUCACCUGACCCUGGGGCUGAUGGGGGAGGGGAAAAUGUGGUCACCGUCAACUGGCUGGGCCGAUGCCAAAGUUGUGCUAGAGGCCCAUGGACUGAAGCCCCUCUCACUUGGUCCCAAAGAGGGCUUGGCCCUGAUCAACGGGACCCAGCUGAUCACAUGUCUGGGAGCAGAGGCUGUGGAGAGGGCCCAGGCCAUCGCUAGGCAGGCUGACAUCAUUGCAGCAUUGACAUUACAGGUGCUGAAGGGAACAACCAAGGCCUUUGACAGAGAUAUCCAGGCAGUACGGCCACACCCAGGCCAGAUAGAGGUGGCAUGGAGAUUCCGCUCUGUGCUGGACUCUGAUGUCUUUACCUCUGAGAUCACAGAGGCAAACAGACCAUUUGAGAAGGUCCAGGAUGCUUAUACCCUGCGUUGCUGCCCCCAGGUCCACGGUGUGGCCAAUGACACCAUCGCUUUUGUCAAGAGCAUCAUCACCACUGAGAUGAACAGUGCCACUGAUAACCCAAUGGUUUUUGCUAAGCGGGACCUGACUCUCUCAGGAGGAAAUUUCCAUGGCGAGUACCCAGCCAAGUCUCUGGACUUCCUGGCCAUUGGGGUGCAUGAGCUGGCCUCCAUCAGUGAGCGCAGGAUCGAGAGGCUGUGUAACCCCUCCCUCAGUGAGCUGCCUGCCUUCCUGGUCAGCGAGGGGGGUCUGAACUCGGGGUUCAUGAUCGCCCACUGCACCGCUGCGGCUCUGGUGUCAGAGAAUAAGGUGCUGUGCCAUCCCUCCUCUGUCGACUCCCUGUCCACCAGCGCUGCCACUGAGGACCAUGUGUCGAUGGGUGGCUGGGCGGCCAGGAAGGCCCUGAGGGUGGUGGAGCACGUGGAGCAAGUUCUGGCCAUCGAGCUACUGGCCGCCUGUCAAGCCCUGGAGCUUCUCCGGCCCCUGAAGACCACGCCCCCUCUGGAGGCAGUCCACCAGUUGGUGCGCUCCACUGUCAGGCCGUGGGAUAAGGACCGAGUCAUGCAUCCCGACAUUGAGGCAGCUCACCGACUCCUGCUGGAGGAGAAGGUGUGGGAAGUGGUGCAUCCAUUCAUGGAGCAGUACAGAGGGGAAGAGGGAUCCAGCUCUACGAAAAGAGCCCAGGUCUAGGCUCAAUGAGGAGGCUGCCCGCUUCUGCCCACUCAGCUCAAACCUGCUGAACCACUGUGACAAUGACUUUCA